ACACCUGAGGAGGAAGAAAUUAGAACCUCACAAAAAAUAACAAACACAACAAACAUUCCAAAAAUAACUUUGAAAUUCUCCCUUAUAAAAAUACCUCUCUUCCUUCAUUCCACACAGUCCUCCCUCUUGAAACAACACAAAUCUGUAAUUUUCAAAUUUCUAUACAGGGAAACAAUGGCAAAGUCCUCCAAAGCUUUCAUCCUCUUCCUUGUCCCUGCUCUUUGCUUCUUGUCCUUCCUUAGCUCCGUCUCUGCAGAUGCUGAUGAUUUUGAUCGAUUCCUUAUUCAAGGAUCUGUUUAUUGCGAUACCUGUCGCGUUCAAUUCUUCACUCGUAUCAGCAACUACUUGAAAGGCGCAACUGUGCGAUUGGAGUGUAAGCACCGCGAAACUGGAAACACAACUCUAACGGUUGAAGCCGUAACAGAUCUGGCCGGAGCGUAUAGCAUGGAGGUAACGGGAGACCACGAGGAAGAACUGUGUGAGAUUGUACUGGCGAAAUCACCAGAUCCAGAAUGCAGCGAGGUAAGCCACGACGAAUAUUUGAGAAAUGCUGCUAGAAUCAGUUUGACAGCAAAUGAUGGAAUUGCUACCAACGAGACACGCAUUGUUAAUCCUCUGGGUUUCAUGAGGAAGGAACCUCUGGCUGACUGCCCUAUAGUAUUCAAGGAACUCGGAUUGGGUCCCGAUGGACAACUGAUCAAUAUAUAAUCUCAUUUUUAACAAUUAAUAUUCAUUCCUUCAUUUACCACUUCAAUAAGCAGUUGUAUUCUUUCCAAAAUUUCUUUUUGGCCUCAUCUUUUGUUUACUUAUUAAAAUGAAUCAUUAAUGUACGACUGUUUAUCAGGGCAUUAAUUAUUUGUCCUGCAUAUAAAUAUAUAUACAUAUAUAUAAAACCCUGUAGUACAACUACGUUUUUGCAGAA